AUGUCGAAUAACUCUUACACUUGUUCUGGCUGUGGACAAAAUUAUAACCGCUCAUCUGAUCUCAUUCAACAUUUGGAGAAAACCCAUCAACCUGCAUGUCAAGAAGCAUAUGAAGCUUCUAAACAAGCUAUCCAUCAUAGUCGCUUUAUGUCUCCCGUAGACCCUCUAAUUUAUCACCACUCCCAAUUUUCCAGCUCUUCUAUUCAGGCACAUUUGGCUUCUCAAGAUGAGGAAGAUGAUCCAAUUCACCCAUUUCAGGGUGAUUUUUUUGGUAAUGACUACUCCAAUGAGGACUUUCCAGGGUUUGAUGAUGAUGAUGAUUGUGAAGAUGAUGAAAAUGGGAAUGAGGAAACUGAGGCUGAUCUUGACCCCGAGCUUGAGCCCACCUGGGAACCUGCGCGGGAGCCUGCAUCUGUUCUGCAGGAAUAUGAUGAACAAAACACAAGUAUAGAGACUGGAGUAGAUGAUGAAGAUGAAGAUGUUUCUAUGCAGGAUGGAAAAUCCCUUCUCCGUCACCUGCCUGCCCAUCGAGAAGAAAUUCAUAUUGAGCAAUUUGGGGGUCAGGCUGGGGCAAUAGUAGUUGAACAUGACCAAGAACAUUCCUUGCCUAUCUUUCAUGACUCCAAAGAUAGGUUUCUUCAUUAUGAGGCUCAUAUACCUGGCAUCAAAGAGAAUAAGUGGGCACCAUUUGCCUCACGUAUGGACUGGGAGAUUGCACGUUGUGCCAAACUCCGUGGUACUGGAUCUACUGCAUUCUCGGAAUUGCUCGCUAUUGAUGGUGUAUCUGAGGCUCUACAACUCUCAUACAAGAAUAGUGAUGAAUUAAACUCAAUUAUCGACACUAAACUUCCAGCCCAAAGGCCUGCUUUUGUUCGCCAGGAGGUCGUGAUUGCUGGAGAGGCAUUGGAUCUGUAUAAACGACCAGUGAUGGAAUGUAUUCAAGCUUUGUAUGGCUCACCUGAGCAUGCACACUAUUUAUGUUUGACACCUGAACGACACUAUUCUGAUGCCAAUAAAACAAAUAGGCUAUAUCAUGAUAUGCACACUGGAAAAUGGUGGUGGAGUACACAGAAACAGCUUGAAAAGGAUAAGCCUGGUGCUACUAUUGUUCCUAUUAUCCUGUCAAGUGAUAAAACUCAGAUUACAUUAUUCCGGAACAAAUCAGCAUAUCCAGUGUACUUGACUAUUGGAAAUCUUCCAAAAGAGAUCUGCCGAAAGCCUUCACAGCAGGGUCAAAUACUUCUUGCUUAUCUCCCAACAUCACGUUUACAGCACAUUACUGUUAAAGCAGCACGAAAACAGUCAAUUGCAAACUUAUUUCAUGCUUGUAUGGGUGAUUUGCUUGCCCCACUGAAAGAGGCUGGUGUAAAUGGUGUUGUGUUAUCAAGUGGAGAUGGCAUUAGACGGCGUUGCCAUCCAAUCCUUGCUGUUUAUAUUGGUGACUAUCCAGAGCAGAUGCUUGUGACAUGUAGUUAUUAUGGUACCAGUCCUGUGUGCACAGUCUCAAAAAAUCAGCUUGGUGAUUAUCCCUGCUCUGCAGAGCUUCGUGAUCCUGUUAAAGCUGUUCAAGCUGCUAAGUUAAUCAACACUGCUGAAUGGACAAAGCAUUGUAGUGAUGCUGAUAUGAAGCCCAUUCAACAUCCUUUCUGGGAGGACCUUCCUUAUACAGACAUUUUCCGCUCAAUAACACCAGAUAUUCUCCACCAGAUGUAUCAAGGGGUGAUGAAACAUCUCAUUGUAUGGAUCACAACCAUUGUUGGGGCUGAUGAAGUUGAUGCACGUGUUCGACGACUCCCAGCAAGACAUGGAAUCCGUCAUUUUCACAAAGGCAUUACCACACUUUCAUGGGUCAGUGGUACUGAGCAUAAGCAGAUGUGCACCUUCCUUCUUGCUUUGGUCACUGAUAUACCCAGAAAGACCACAUCACAAUCAAAUCGCCUUUUGAUUGCAACCCGUGCAUUACUUGACUUUCUGUAUUUGUCAUGUUAUCCUAUUCACAGUGAUGAAUCUUUGACCAUGGUUGAAACUUCUCUUUCCACUUUCCAUGCCAACAAAGAUAUUUUCAUUGAGCUUGGGGCUUGA